GUCACAAGCAACCCAUUCGCCAAAAUGUCAGCUAGGGCACAUGCUCUGGGCCUCCUUUGCCUUUUAGUUUUCCUUCAAGGAAGUUCCACCACCCAGGCCCAAAGUGGCGAUUAUGUGGAGCUCUGUAAUUUAACGAGCAGCAUCGCUGUGGAUCUUAGUUUGAUCUCUGGCAUUUGGUGGGAGGUGGCUCGUCAGCCGGCAGCAACUGAUUUUUGCACGGAGGUUAACAUCACAGUGAUUCCAAAUCAACAACAGGAUAAUGUCUUGAUCGAUACCACCUACGCCGUAUCGCCUGAUUACCCAUGGGUGAAUCAAACCAUGAAUGCCACCCUCACCGUGGAUAAUAACACAGAGGUCGCAGAUGGUUUCAACUUCACCUACUGGAAUCCCCCUACCUUCACCCCCUACACCGUGUAUAAGAUCCUUUACACUGACUACAACGAUGUGACCCUGCUUUGUGGCUACACAAAUAAGACCGAUAACUCCACUUCAUUCGGAAUUAUCCUCACUAGGGAACGCACACUCACCACCGAUGCCUUAAAUAAGCUGGAGAGCAUGGCAUUUGGUCUGUCGUCAAACUUCUUGAAUGGCACCAUGUCAACGAUUACCCAGGGAGAAACUUGCUAUGCACCAUCGGCAGCCAACCCCUCUGCCAUUAUCUCCUUGAUGUUGAUUGCCAUGGCCUUCGUCAUUGCCAUUUUUGCUGACCGUCAAAUAAUCUAGUUUGCAUCGAAAAAGAUGAUAACAAUUUAAUCUUAACUUAAAUUUUAAUUUGCGUUGAAUAAAAUUUCAGAUUUAAAGAGCAAAUGAAUAAAAACUCAACCACAUUUGAUUAUA